AGGAAGAGAAACCAUGGCGGAUCAUCCUCCUUCUCUUGAUUUUGUUCUUGCGAUCGCCAUGAUCGCCAUCGCUGCUCUCGCAAGAGGCGCCCACGCCCAAUUCACAUCCAAUUCCACUGCCAAUGCCACAUUCUCGUGCUCCGACGCCUAUACUUUCACCUCCAGGCAAAUGGGAGCUAACAUCCAGACAGUGCUCGCCACUCUCCUCGAUCAAGGGCCCGCCGCUGGAGGAUUCAAAUCCAUGAGCUCCGGAAAUCUGGGCGACACCGUCUAUGGCCUAAUCCAAUGCCGCGGCGACAUCACUGCCCAGGAAUGCUCCUCGUGCGCUCGAUCGGCCUCCCAGCUCCUAAAUUCCACCUGCGUGAGGAAUUCCACCAAAGGGGGCAGGGUCUACCUCGAUCACUGCUUCCUGCGCUACGAGGAUCACUUCUUCUCCUCCACUCUCGAUAUCGUCUCCAGCAUCGCCAAUUGCUCGACCCCUUCCUCUUCCUUGGCGAUUUUCCAGCCCAAUUCCAAGACCGCUCUAGAGUUCCUUGAAAUUAGGGUUCCUCAGAGCGCGAGAAAAUAUGUGGCGGCAGUGGCGGGGAUCGAGUCCGCGGCGCCGGCGUACGCUCUCGGUCAGUGCGUUCCGGAUCUAAGCGCUGCCGAUUGCGCCGCUUGCCUCGCGGCCGCGGAGAAUGUGAUCGCUAGCACUUGCCGCGGCGGCGGCGGAGGUGUUUGCUACUAUGCUAGCUGCACGCUUUUCUUCCAGGGAUCGAAGUUCUUCCAGGGCAUUGCCGAAAAUGCGACUCUCCCAUCCGGUUCCAAAGGGAAGAAAACUUUGGGACUGGCAAUUGGGAUUCCAAUCGCUGGUGUGGCGGCAUUGCUGCUCCUCGUGCUCGGAUAUUUUAUUCUCAAGAGGAGGAAAAAACUUCCUAAAAAGCAGGAACCAGCGCGUGAGGAAUUUGAUGAGCUCCAGUUGACGUUGCAUCGAGGGCCGGUGACUUUUUCCUAUGAUCUGUUGAGACGUGCUACUGAAGAUUUUAGUGACGACAAGAAGCUCGGCGAGGGUGGAUUUGGUGCCGUAUAUAAGGGGACUUUUGGUGAUGGGACCGAGAUCGCUAUCAAAAAGCUCUCGGUGUCUUCCAAGCAAGGGGAGCAGCAGUUUCUCAACGAAGUUCAGGUUAUUGGCAGCGUACAGCACCGGAAUCUUGUCAGGCUACUGGGGUGCUGUGUCGAAGGCAGUGAAAGGCUCCUGGUCUACGAGUUCCUCAAGAACAACAGCCUUGAAAAGGCUUUGCUUGACGACAUGCUCAGUGAGGAAGAAACUCCUCGAUUGUCCUUGACCACCCGGUACAAUAUCCUGCUUGGAACAGCUCGGGGCCUCACGUACCUUCACGAGGAUUCACAAAUUCGAAUCGUUCAUCGGGACAUAAAGCCCAGCAACAUCCUGCUGGACGAAACAUUCGAAGCCAAGAUAUCAGACUUUGGACUGGCAAGGCUGUAUGAAGAGGACGAAGCGACAGAGAUCAUCACCACAAAAGUCGCAGGAACCUAUGGAUAUAUGGCUCCGGAGUAUGCCUUUCACGGGCACUUGAGCGAAAAGGCUGAUGUUUUCAGUUUUGGAGUCGUGGUACUCGAGACUCUGGCCGGAAGAAAGAACAGGGACGUGACGCUGCCGGGACCUGAGCAAUAUCUUCUGGAAUGGGCUUGGCAGCUCCAUUCCGAUGGAUUGCUUGCAAAUCUUCUAGACCCCAAGCUCAUAAGAUCCAGCAGCAACGAGCAAGAGAGAAUGCUCGUCCAAGCAAUCCACAUCGCCCUCAUGUGUACUCAAGCUUCCCCGCAGGCCAGGCCUUCCAUGUCUCACGUGGUAGCGAUGCUCUCCGGCCAUUCCAACGUCAAUGUCCCGCUCUCUGCCACUUUCGACAUCCGAGCUAUGAACCCAAGGUUCUACUCAUCAUCGUCAAACUCCGCCGCCAGCGAUCCCAAGAACAGGAGGUCCAAAACGUUUUCUACUCCCCCGGAGCCUCGAUAGUGCAGUGGGACUAUUCUGGAUUUUAAAUUCAAGUAGGUCCGCGGGGUACUUGCGUAUCCAGCUUUUCAGGCAACAAACUGGAUGAUCUUGAGGUUGAAUCUCGGGCCUCCACCACCUCAAGUAUUGUAGAUGUUGCAGGUCCACUCACGGCUAUGUGAAUUCCCUUGAGGACUAUUACAUUUGAGUACAACUCUGGAAAUCAC